AUGCCACCCAAGAAGGCAGCUACCAACGGCGAUGCUAGCGAGGCCGGCGGUCCGUUCAAAUGGGAAGGUCCAAACGAUACAAAGCUCCUCCUCUUGACUCAAGGCCGCUACGUCAAGCCAGACGAGUACCCUCAGUUGUCUUCUGCGUUCCCUGGUACCUCAAUCGGCAGCAUCCGCAACCGCAUCUCCGCGCUCCGCGUCAAACAACGCGACCUCUACCUCGACCUCAGCUGGGAUCUGCCGGAGGGCGGGGCGGGUCAUAGUGCGAAGAAGACUGCGACGCCGCGCAAGACACCCGGUAGCAAGAAGAGGGGCGCUGAGGCUGGAGAUGGCGCAGAUGGUCAGGAGGAGGACGAAUUGGCUACGCCGAGCAAGAGACCGCGUGCCAAGGAGGCUAAGAGCAAGGGCAAGAAGGAGGAGAGUGUCGAGGCUGAAGUCCAAGAGGAGGACGUCUCAUCUGGCGGCGAUGGAAAGAGUGUUGGUGUCAAAGAGGAGGUUCUUGACGAGGAGCUUGAUGAGAUGGUUUAG